AUGGUAUAUAUAGUUGAUGCGCACAUUAGAGGCAGUACGGUUCAAUUAGUACGACAUGCUCUAAAAGAGGAGACGGAAUCAAGAAGCAGGUUUCAAGGAGAUCUCAAAGGAUUUAAAGCCCCAGCGGCUACUCUGUCUCACAAGAUGCAUGUCUUUUACAAUGUUUUAAAGAAGGUAAUAGGGAAGAGAUUGUCCAGAUAUGAUGAUAAGGAGUUGGAAGACUUGGUAUUAUUCUCAGAUACACUUUUAGCUGAGGGACAUGGCAGUAUUGAAGUUAGGGAUCCUCCGACAGUAGCACAGGAAAGAAUUAUUAAAAGCUUAAUUAAAGUAAUUUUCCACCAGAUGUCUGUAAGUAAAACUGAUGAUGUUGAUCAAGGUCAGGCCAACCUUCUAUUAUCACUUUUCAUCAGUAAGAUUUACUGUGAUAAAUUUGUGGAAGCUUCCGUGAUAAUUGCGUCUCAAGGUAGAUUGAAUGACUCUGUACAUGCAGUGGUGAACCUAUCUGAGGACAUUAGCGCUUCUCGAAAAAAAUCAGUAUCUUUGAACAAAAAUUUCAACAUAAAUUUGUUUUGCUGUUUGGAGGACGUCCCAAACUUCUUCCAGGAGAGUAAAUUGUUAUCAGAAGAGUUCGACAAGAUCGAUUUAGAUGGUGAAGAAGAUUCUGAAGGUGAUACUUUAGGUACAAGUCUAAUACCAUCAGGAAUCAUGAGCCAUUUACCACUGUCGAGACAAACUUUAUCACAGACGAGAGUAACAUUACUACCAUCAAGGGAACUCGAAGGUCUGUGGGAAUCACUUUAUUUCGAUGACAGAAUUAAACAACGAAUGUACAGUUAUGCGACCAUUGCCCUAAAAAUUGCAACUUUUACGAACGCGGCUAAUGAAAACGGAUCUAGCGCAUUUGCCAACAAUAAGCUUUUACUUGUGCAGGGACCUCCAGGAACUGGUAAGACUACCAUCUGCAAGGCAUUGUGUCAAAAAUUGUCUAUUCGUAAAGAUUUCUCCUCUGAUGUUGACCCUAUCAGUAACAAUUAUAAAGGUGUUGUUAUUGAAAUCUCAUGUUCCCGAAUCUUCUCCCGAUGGUUUGGGGAAUCAUCGAAAAAUCUGGCCACUAUAUUUGCAGAUGUGGAAAAUCUGUUAAAAUUUCAUCAAGAGGAUUGUUCAUUUGUUUGUCUUUUGAUAGACGAGGUGGAAGCCAUUGCAUUUUCAAGAAAUAGUCUAAUGAACAAAAACGAAUCAACUGAUGGCGUCAGAGUUGUUAGUACCCUCUUAACUCAAUUAGAUUUACUGAAAAAAUACAAUAAUUUUUUAGUAUUGGCCACUUCUAACCUUGUGGAAUCGUUAGAUCCUGCUUUUAUCGAUAGAGCCGAUGGUGUGUUCUAUAUCGGUAAUCCUUCAAAGGGUGGUAUUGCCAAAAUAUUAACAUCGAGUCUGGAUGACUUAAUUUCAAAAAAGGUACUUUUAUGUGAAGAGCCCAAAUCUACAAUGGAAAAUCCCAUUUACAAAGAAGCAUUAAUGACAAUUGCAGAGAAAUGUUCAGUAUGUUAA